AUGGACGAGAACAGGACCACCGACGACCCUACUCGUACAAUUCGUUCUUUCGACAGUAUGGUACGACCUCGCUGUACACACCACCUCAACUCACACCAGGAAAGUCGUCCGAUAACCACUAGACGAGGGUACUCCGGCUAUGCCUAUUUAGCUAGUGAAACGAACUACGAUAUUGCCAGUCAACCGAGAAGCCUUAAAAAUUACAUGUACACACGGACAUACUUAGGAACUGCUUCCGCUCCAUCCUAUUGGUCCUACUACGGUAACAGUAGUCUGCGUCACUUCAACAGUUAUCGUCCACACAACUACACACCAUCAACCGCCUCAUGGUCACGUUAUACUUCUGAGCAGCUUCUCUUCUUUGACCUCUCUCCCCCUCACAUCAAAAGCUAUUUCGCCGCGCUUCUCGAUAUCUUUAGCGGAACUCUGUUCUCUGACCAUCAUCCGACAAAGUCGUUGUGCACACCUACUGCCCCAUCUAGGAAAAAUGCUUGA